ACCAGUCCCAGCCAAGGGUUACACUGGCUGCUGAGAGCCUCCCUCUUCUUCUCUCCCCCUCUCUGUCCGAGUCCUGACCUUGCCUCUGCGUCAUGGAUUCAACUGAAACCCGCCGUGGCGAGCCCGCCGACCCUCUCGCCAAGGGCAUCAUCGCCACUGCCAAACAGUCUCUGGGCGACCUCCUCGUCUGGAAGCAGCGUGUUGUCGUCUCCAACGAGAACGGCGAGACGGCCACAGAAUGGCACGACCCGGAUCCCCUCCAGAACCCCAUCAGCCUCAUGGCCCAGCUGUCCGCAAAGGACUGGACCUUCUUCAUCGUCGGCUUCUGCGCCUGGACCGCGGAUGCCUUCGACUUCCACGCCCUCUCCAUCCAGACCGUCAAGCUGGCCCACUACUACGACACCAGCAAGACCGCCAUCACCACUGCCAUCACCUUGACGCUUCUGCUGCGAUCCGUCGGCGCUGCCGUCUUCGGUCUCGCUGGUGACAAAUGGGGCCGCAAGUGGCCCAUGGUUUUCAACAUGAUUGUCCUUGGUGUCCUGCAGAUUGCCACCAUCUACAGCUCAACCUUCUCCCAGUUCUUGGCCGUGCGAAGUCUGUUCGGCCUCUUCAUGGGCGGCGUGUACGGCAAUGCCAUUGCCAUGGCGUUGGAGCAGUGCCCCGCAAACGCGAGAGGAUUAAUGUCGGGCAUCCUGCAGCAGGGGUACUCCUUUGGUUACGUCUUGGCUGCGUGCGCCAACCUUGGCGUUGGAGGCGCAACCAACACCUGGAAGACAGUUUUCUGGAUUGCCGCGGGAAUCUCUAUCGCCAUCGGCAUCAUCCGCAUGUUCUUCCCCGAGUCUCAACAGUUCCUCGAUGCCAAGGCUAAGGGCAAGGCGACUGCCACCCCCGGCGCCUUCUGGCGAGACUGCAAGAAGAUGUUGGUCCAGGAGUGGAAGAUGUGUGUCUACUGCAUCAUCCUGAUGACUUGGUUCAACUACUACUCCCACACCUCCCAAGACUCCUACACCACCUUCAUGCUGUCGCAGAAGGAGCUGGCCAACGCCGGCGCUUCCCGUGCCUCCAUCAUGAUGAAGGUCGGCGCCUGUGUUGGUGGAACCAUCAUCGGAUACCUCAGCCAGUUCAUCGGCCGUCGCCGCGCCAUCAUCAUGUCCGCUCUCAUGUCCGCUCUUCUGAUUCCCGCCUGGAUCCUUCCCGAGGGUGAGCGAAGCCUGAGCGCUUCCGGUUUCUUCAUGCAGUUCUUCGUCCAGGGUGCCUGGGGUGUCAUUCCCAUCCAUCUCAACGAGCUGUCCCCCCCUGCUUUCCGAUCUUCCUUCCCUGGUGUCACCUACCAGCUCGGAAACAUGAUCUCGUCUCCGUCUGCGCAGAUCGUCAAUGCCAUUGCUGAAAAGACCUUUGUGACGCUCAAGAACGGCGACAAGGUUGAGGCAUACGGCCCAGUCAUGGGUGUGGCCACCGCCAUCAUUGCCUUGGGAAUCAUCUUCACCACCAUGCUUGGUCCCGAGAAGCGCGGUAGACACUUCGAGCACGCUGUUGCUGGUAUGGGAGAGGAUCUCAAGCCCGCCAAGGACAUCGAGACUGGAAGCAUUGACAAGGUUGAGCUGGAGGAGCGAAACUAAUUGCUAGAAGCAAGUUUCAAGGCAUGAGUUUAUGGGAAAGAUAUCCAAGUACUUCAAGCCUAUAGCACGUCCAGUAGAGAUAUUAUGCAUUGAGCAAAUAUGUAC